AGGCCUGUGGUUGGGCGUUGCAGGAGUUGGUGCCUCACUCUGAAGGUUCCCCGGCUUCCGGACGGCUGACUGGGGUCGUGUCGGGACCUCUGCUCAGGCCCAGCCAGGUAACCAUCCCUUGGUCUGAAUGGGGAAUGAAAUCUUCUGAAAUCUCAGAACAGAACGCUUUUUCUUCACCAUGGAGGACAAGAGACAGCGAGCCCGAGUGCAGGGAGGCUGGGCUACACCUACCAAGAGCCAGUCUGCUGCUCAGCCAGCUACUCCUGCUAGGAGCCGUCUUUCCCAGACCGCGGGGCCAGCCUGGAGGAGCAAGGAACAGCAGCAAUGUGACCGACAAUUUGUGUUCAAAGAACCUCAGCUGGUUGUCCGUGCAGCCCCAGAACCCAAAGUGAUUGACAGGGAGGGUGUGUAUGAAAUCAGCCUGUCACCUACUGGUGUGUCUAGGGUGUGCUUAUAUCCUGGCUUUGUGGACUUGAAGGAAGCUAACUGGAUCUUGGAGCAGCUUUGUAAGGAUGUCCCCUGGAAACAGAGGAUGGGCAUCAGAGAGGAUGUAACUUAUCCGCAACCAAGACUUACAGCAUGGUAUGGAGAGCUUCCUUACACUUACUCAAGAAUCACUAUGGAACCAAAUCCUCACUGGCUUCCUGUGCUGUGGACUCUGAAGGGCCGCAUUGAAGAGAACACCAGCCACACCUUCAACUCCUUGCUGUGUAAUCUUUACCGGGAUGAGAAGGACAGCGUGGACUGGCACAGCGACGAUGAACCAUCCCUGGGGAGCUGCCCCAUCAUUGCUUCCCUCAGUUUUGGUGCCACUCGGACUUUUGAGAUGAGGAAGAAGCCCCCACCUGAAGAAAAUGGAGACUAUACAUAUGUGGAGAGAGUGAAGAUACCAUUGGAUCACGGGACCUUGCUAAUCAUGGAAGGAGCCACACAAGCCGACUGGCAGCACCGAGUGCCCAAGGAAUACCACUCCAGACAACCGAGAAUAAACUUAACCUUUCGGACCGUUUAUCCAGACCCAAGAGGAGCCCCCCGGUGACACUUCUACAGAGUUACCACUGAGGGGAGGGCUAUGCACCUAACAGCCCCUCCCCAUCUCCCGCAAGCACUUCCAGAAGCUGCUCCAUGCACUUCGGUGAUGUGGCUGUUCGGAAAUCGUGGUGUUUGCUUCUCAGGUUCUUUCUACUCCUUCUGAAUGAGAGCUGCCAGCACUUCACCUUGUCAACAUGUCUACUACAGGAACACUUACUUUGAGACAAAUCUCUAAAUCAAGGGUUAUCAUUAAGCAAAUUAAAAACUGCUCUGGCUGUGCUCACAGAUGAUUUGGUCCAAAAGCUUUUUGCCUCCUGCCCUGCCCCCUUUAAUUUGAAGAAAUACAAAUGGCCUUGUGCCUCUGGGGAAGAUCUGAA